AAAUAUUCCCCAAAUGUUGUUGUCAAAUUUUCAUUUGCGAAAUGGCUGCCGUUUCAGACUUUUUCUCAAUAGGAAGUAUAGUUUGGUGUAAAACAUGUUACAAUGCAGAAAUUGAAGGAGAAGUAUUAGCAUUCGAGCCGCAAAACAAAAUACUCAUUUUAAAAUGUGGUUCCACAAAUGGAGAUCCUAAAUUAAACGAUGUCCAGUUUGUAAAUUUAUCUUAUGUUAGCGAAUUGCAAGUUAAGAAAGAGGGGAAUUUUAUAACUGAACUACCACAGAGUUUAAAUCUUCAAAGGCUUAACACGAGAAUGAGGAAUCAGGUAGAUGAAAAAAGACGAUUAUUACAAGCAAUAUCUGCAAACGUUUCUACUGAAGGACAGAGUUUAUUUAUAGCAAUAUCAAAACAGUUUAGUGAAGAAGUGAGGUGGAGAAACACAGAUAUUAUUGUGUUGGAUGAGGUUAUAAUAAGUCCACCUUAUCAAUUGGAAAAUGUAGGUGGCAAUAAAAGUAGUAAGACCUAUGAAUAUAUAUUUAAAUUGGUGGAAAAGCAUCUAAAUAACUUAUCCUUGAAUACCCAGAGCCCGACAGUUUGUUACAACACCCGGUCGCCACAAUAGAAACAAGAAACAUAAUAAAUUCAUAAAUUUUAUCUAUCUGUUAUUUACCUCUACAGAUUCUGAACUAAAACUGAUACUGAGUUUCGGAGAAUCAAUCGAUAAGCUUCAGCAUAUCGGUUAUCCAAAUUGUAAUUUCAGUUUUAGUUCAUAAUCGAACUUUUUAAUUUUUUUGUUGGUAAUUUAAUUUAGUAUUACCAUGAUCUAUUUAUUUUAUAAAUAAAAACAUU